UCCUCAUUCCACAUUUCUUGGUUUCCAAGCUUAGAACCCUACCUUUGUUUACAUAUACAUCUCUGAAUGCCAAAACCCACAACACAUAUUUUGUAAGAGUAGUUCCUGACUUCCUGUUUCCCCUAUAAUCAUGCAAGAUCCGACACCGCCGGUAAAGCUCUUUGGUCGUCAAAGGUCCAUACAUGAAGUUCUAGGAGGAGGAACAGUUGCAGAUGUGCUGCUAUGGAGGAACAAAAUAGCAUCGGCUGCACUUCUGAUUGGGAGUGAAGUCAUGUGGUUUCUUUUCGAGGUUGUUGAGUACAGUUUUGUGUCCCUUCUUUGUCACAUUCUCAUCACAGCAAUGCUUGUGCUAUUCAUAUGGAGCACUCUUUCUGAACAUUUCAAAUGGCCUCCUUUUGAGAUCCCUGAAAUCAUUUUAGAUGAGUACGCAUUCAACUCAAUUGCUUCAAUCCUCCAUGAAAGAUUGAACCAGUUCUUGUCGAUCAUCGUCGACAUCUCAUGUGGAAAAGACCUACCACUCUUCUUUUUGACCCUUGUUUCUCUAUGGAUUCUGUCUGUGAUGGGAAACUAUUGCAGCUUCUGCAAACUUCUGUUCGUUGGCGUGCUCUUCUUGGAAACAUUGCCAUUUCUGUACGAGCGGUAUGAGGAAGAUGUUGAUCACCAUGCUAUCAUAAUGCAUCAACAGAUAAAGAAAAUGCUCAGCGAGGUCAAUCUAAGUUUGCUCAACAAGGUUCCAAGAGGACCAGUGAAAGAGAAGAAGACCACAUAAAACAGAAUGGCCCCUGUUGUGGUGGAAGCUCUGAUGCUAAUUAAUCAGGGAUGAAUAUCUUCAGUGAAGUUACAUGUAAAGAAUACUGUAAAUAUAUGACUGCAAAACUGAAAACAAAAGUCACAGGAUUUGAAAUCAAUCAAAGUAUGAAAAUAAACUCUGAUAAACCUUACGCAAA